CUCCUAGUAAAUCCUACAUGUACGUGAUAAAUCCUACUGCUGCUUGGUUUCCAAGGUCAGGUGGAGUUGGAGUUGGAGUUGGAGUGGGAGAUCUCUCGCUAUUUCUGCCUGUCUUUCUGCGGUAACAGAGACUCUUAUCUCAUUUUCUCUGAUCGAUCAUCAAUGGGUUUUUGGGAUGCCUUUCUCAAUUGGCUCCGCAGCCUCUUUUUUAAGCAAGAAAUGGAGCUAUCUUUGAUAGGCCUUCAGAAUGCUGGAAAGACUUCACUUGUAAAUGUUGUUGCAACUGGUGGAUAUAGUGAAGACAUGAUCCCUACGGUAGGAUUUAAUAUGAGGAAGGUGACAAAAGGAAAUGUCACCAUAAAGUUGUGGGAUCUUGGAGGUCAACCUAGAUUCCGCAGUAUGUGGGAGCGAUACUGUCGUGCAGUUUCUGCUAUUGUUUACGUUGUUGAUGCUGCUGAUCCCGAUAACGUGAGUAUAUCAAGAAGCGAGCUUCAUGAUUUGCUGAGCAAACCCUCGCUGAGUGGUAUUCCACUGCUAGUGCUAGGAAACAAGAUUGACAAGCCAGGAGCCCUGUCUAAACAGGCUUUGACCGAUCAAAUGGAUCUCAAGUUGAUUACUGACAGAGAAGUUUGCUGCUUCAUGAUCUCAUGCAAGAACUCGACAAACAUCGAUUCAAUUAUUGAUUGGUUUGUAAAGCACUCGAAGUCAAAGAGCUGAGCAGAGUUUUUUCUGUUUUAUUUUGGAUUUGUGUGCUAGAAUUUUUCUUUGGUGAUGGGUUUGUCUUGAUUGAUGAUUGUUGAGAUGUAAGGCUAUAAGCUACUGUAUAUUUCUUCGUGACUAUUUGAGUAAUCCUGGGUAGUUUGGAUC